ACGUGGGUAGUGUCAAUCUAACCUUACUUUUUAAAAUUCCUUCAAUUAGAAUACUUUUCAAAACAAACAAUAAAAAAUGAAAGAAGUUCUAAUAUCAAAGUGUGAAAGAAAAUUUAUAAAUACUGCUCUUUUGGAGAAUAUUAGACUUGAUGGAAGAAGUUUACUUGAAGCUAGACCGGUAAAACUUCACUUUGGAUCCAAAUGGGGAUGUUGUUUAGCUUCUUUAGGACAAACAAAAGUUUUAGUGAAUGUUUCUUGUGAUAUUCAACCACCAAAACUAUCUCGACCAAAUGAAGGAAUUUUGUACAUCAAUGUUGAAUUGAAUCCACUGGCUGCAGCACAUUUUGAAGCUGGAAGACAAAGUGAUGCUGGAGUUUUAAUCACUAGACUAUUAGAAAUGUGUUUCAAAGACUCUAGAUGCAUUGAUUUGGAAGCUCUUUGUAUUGUAGCUGACAAAAAAGUUUGGAAUAUAAGAGUUGAUGUAAACAUAAUUAACCAUGAUGGAAAUCUUGUAGAUUGUGCUUGUAUUGCAACCUUAGCAGCUUUAUCUCACUUCCAUCGUCCAGACGUUACUUCUACUGGUGAUGAAAUAAUUAUACAUACGUUUUCGGAGCGGGAUCCACUACCUUUAACUCUAUUUCACCACCCAGUCUGUGUAUCUUUUACAACGUUUGAAAAUGGUAAAACCAUUAAAGAUCCCACUUACAUAGAAGAGAGACUCGGAGUAACACAAUUGACCAUUGGUUUAAAUGCUUACAAAGAAAUUUGCUGUCUUCACUUUGAUCAUACGGAAAAAAGUGGGGUUUCAGCUGAUAUUAUAUCAUCAGUUGUUCACGAUGCAUCGAAUUAUGCUAUUGAAUUAAUUAAACUUAUACGAGAAGCGGUAAAAACAGACGUUGAAAUAAGAUACAAAAAAGAACUCAAAGCAGUUUGCAACUUUGAAAACAUCAUUACUACAGACAAAAUUACUACAAUGAUGAGCGAAAGAAUUCACAUUAAAUUAUCAAAAUGGAAUGUGUAUAGUAAUGGAACAAAAAAUGAAGUCAAAAAUGAAAUGAAAGAUGACGAUGAAAGUGUAACAAGUAAUGAUGAAUAUGUAGACAUGAAGGAAGAUGUAGAUGAUUCUAAGAUUUAUAAAAUAGGAAAAGGAUCAGCAGCAUUAAUUUCUCAAAUUGGAUUCAGUAUAGGAGAAGGAGGGAAAAAUACUUGGAAUGUAUCUGAUACAUCCGGUGAUGAAGAAAUGGAUGAAGUUCAAGAAUUAAAAAUCGUAAAGAAAGAACCAAAAAUUAUUGAUGAUAUAGUUUUGAGUGACAGUGAAGAAGAGGCAACAGGAACAUUGUCAAAAGCAGAUUUACUGUAAAUGAAUUAAUAGGUAAAUAAAAAAAAUUAUUUUUAUAAAAAUUUAAAUAUCAUCAAUAGGUUCUAAUGUAAUAUAAUAUAUUUUAUUACACUCUGAUUCAUUUUAUAUAAAAUAUUUACGUUC